UUUUCAGCAUUCUCGGCCCCUCAUUAAAAAGGAUUUGCUUGACUUGGUUAAUGAUUUUUUGGUAUUAGGGAAAAUGGAUGUAAGGCUAAAUAUUACAAAUAUAUGUCUAAUUCUGAAAUCAGAGAGACCCACAAGGAUGAUAAAGUUGCGACCCAUAAGUUUAUGCAAUGUAGGAUAUAAGAUCAUCUCUAAAGUAUUAUGCCAGAGGUCGAAGUCUUGUAUGCCCUUACUAUUAUCUGAAACUCAAUCAGCCUUUGUGGCCGGUAGGUUGAUUUCAGAGAACAUACUUAUUGCCCAAGAGAUAUUUCAUGGGUUAAGGACAAAUAAGGCAUGCCAAAAUAAGUUCAUGGCAAUAAAACGAAUAUGAGUAAGGCGUAUGAUAGGGUGGAGUGGAGCUUCAUUGAGGUGUUACUCCACAAUGGAUCAGAUUGAUGAUGAAAUGCAUAUCGUCGGUUCAAUAUCGAGUUUUAUUAAAUGGUCAUCCAAGGGGACUUAUUAUUCCACAGAGAUGAUUAUGUCAAGGGGAUCCACUGUCUCCGUAUUUAUUCAUCAUGUGUACAGAGGUCCUAAUAUCAAAAAAUUUAACUAGAUUGAAGGUCGCAAGAGAUUGUCCGUCAAUAUCUCAUUUGCUCUUUGCGUAUGAAGCUGUGCCGGGACAGCCGAUAAAUUUUGAGAAAUCUUCUAUCCAAUUUGGUCACCGGAUAGAAGAGACCACAAGGCAAGAACUCAAGGAUAUAUUAGGGAUUCAAAAUAGCGGUGGGAUGGGAUCAUAUUUAGGCAUACCAAAGAGUUUGGGAGGAUCGAAAACACAAAUUUUUGGUUUCAUUCAUGAACGGUUGAAUAACCGACUUAAUGGUUGGACUUUUAAAUUCUUCACAAAGAGGAGAAAAGAAGUGAUUAUAAAGUCAGUGGUCACAGCACUACCAAAUCAUGUUAUGACAUGUUAUCGUCUUCCAGAAGCAGUAACGAAAAAAUUGACGAGUGCAGUAGCACAAUUUUGGUGGAGUCCAGAGGGAAGCACGAAAGGUAUGCACUGAAAAUCGUGGGAUAAAUUAUGUAACUCCAAAGAUGUAGGGGUUUCGCACUGUGGCCAUGAUCCGCCUGCAUCUGAGGAGAUUCAUAAGAGUUCAUCUUUGUCUUUGUCUUUGCAGUGUCACCAUGAUGCUUCUGCAUUUGAUGAGAUUCCUAAGAAUGUCAUGCAAGAUGUCCAUGAUGAGUAGUUUUUACAUUAAGUUUUGUGGCUUAUAUUUUUUUUAAUGUUCUUUCUCGUUGAUGCAAAGACUACUUGUAUUGAAUACAUGUAUUGUUUCACAACUGAAACGAGUCAAAGACUAGCCAAAGGAGUCAUCUAAUCUUUAGAAGUUUGACGAAAUGAUGUUGGGGCAUAAUGGCACCUUUAACAGUUUAAUGGAAGAUUCGGAAAUAUUGAGUGUAAGUUUAGUAUUUGUUUACAAUAUUACCAUUUAUUUGAUAUCUAGCUCCAGUUUUACAUAUGCACCUCAGACCAUUUUUCUUGUAAAGAAAUAUAUGUGUAUAAUAACCCUGCAAAUUAUCAUAAAAUUUGGUUCUUCUCUUUUUCUCCUUUCCAAAAUUUUCUCUUCUCGAAUUCUCAUCACAUGAUUCACAAACUCACAAGAGUUUUUUUUACUUGAAAAUUAUUUUAAUAGAAGCGAUUUUUCUUUCAAAACUAUUGUCAUAGAUUUGAAUUUGAUAUACUAAAAUACGGAUGAAACUCCUUUUACUAUUGACUCAUAAUGAUCCUUUCACCAGACAAAGGUAUCUAGAUACAAAAGCUGAACAAACUCCAAAUCUUACCCAUUGCAAAGUAAAAAAUGCUUUGAAUUUUUCUCCCACAAGAAAAAUUACAUAUAUCCCUUCAAGAACUCCAUGUUUCACAGCCUUUUCCGUACAAAAAAGAUGCCGAAAGCUGUAUAAGGGAAGUUGAUGCAAGAAAUAAGAACACAGUGUUACUAUUCGAUAAGUAAGACCGAAGAGCAAACCAAACAUAAAACCUACAUCAAACUAAACCUAUCGAUAUUUUGAAUACUUGUUAAAAAUAAACUUUGUGAGCUUUGAAACACUUAGCACACACUUCGUGGUUGCUUUUAUGUUAAAGACAUAAACUAAUAUCCAUAAGUUUGAACUCUGAGAUUAUGUAAGAAAGAAAUAGUCUGCAAAACAUAGAAUUAACUUAAUUUUGCUCCCAGUGGUUGUAAACUGGAUUAGGCUCUCGACUUACAUUAUAGGACAUAAUAUUUGAGCUCAUAUUCACAUAACGAUUUUGGUUAUCUGUUUGGGCCCAAACCCAUAGGCUCAACAAUUUUCUAUUGUUUUACAAGAUAUUUUUACUUAUAUUUACAUUUAAAAAAAAAACUGCUAAAUACAGAAAAAUAUAUUAAAAAUUCCCGAGUAUAUAAAGUAUUAUGAAAUAUAUUUGGUAAUGUUCAAAAUUAUAUUUAGUCAAACAUAUAUAAUUUUGACCAUUACCAAAUUAAAUUGUAAAUAAUAGAAAACAAUUGUUUGAGUCAAACAUUUCCAAGAUUUUAUAAAAUAUUUUCCUUAUAUAUCAUAUAAAAAAUCUUUUCAAAUCUCAAAAUAUAGAAAAUAAUUUUUAAAAAUAUAUUUUUUAAGUUUGUAAACUAUAUACUUGGUAAUAAUAUAUAGAAAUUUGACCCUAUGUUUAGCCAACAAUGAAUCUAGUCACCAAAAUCUAUUAUUUUUUUAAAAAAAGUUUUUUAAAAUAAAAUCUGACCCAUUUAAUUCAUUCCUUCCGCCAUUGACAAAGAUUCUUCUCCGCUUCAAAUAGUCUCUCUCGCUCUCUCUCUCUGUCUUCCUCUGCUUCUUUCAAUUUCCCCGCCGCGCCACCACCGGAACUCCCUCUUUCUCCUUCCCCUGGUGUCGUCUCCGGCGCCGUCGCUGCAGAAACAGAUCAAGCUUUUUGAUGGAGGAUACCAACGAAACACAGUUGCGAGAUGUGCCUUGUGUUGCUGAUGAUGCCCUCAAGGAAGAACUUGGGGAUGUGGCAGACAAAGAUCAAAACGUUAGUGAAACUCCCCAGCAGCCCCUUCUUCUUGGCCAGGCUAAUGGAGUUGCUGGUCACUCUGAAAAGAGGACUCGUGAUAAGGUGCAGUUUUCGAGUCCUGAGAUUGGUGAUGGAAGCGUCAAAAAGCGUAAGACUUGGUUGCUGAAUGACCCUGAGGCACAGGGAGAUGAUGAAGCAGGGACGCCAGAAGAGCAGCAGGCGUUUCUCAUAGAGUUGGCGACCUUUCACAAAGAGAACUACCUUGAUUACAAACCUCUUAAGUUUUAUGGGCAGCCUCUAAACGCUCUCAAGCUAUGGAGAGCAGUUAUUAAACUAGGUGGCUACGAUGUGGUCACCACAUCAAAGCUAUGGCGGCAAGUUGGAGAAUCCUUCAAUCCUCCAAAGACAUGCACAACUGUCUCCUACACAUUCCGCAUUUUCUAUGAGAAGGCACUUCUAGAGUACGAAAAGAGUCUAAGGAAAAAUGGUGACCUUAACCUUCCUGAUUCAGCAUUCAAUCUGUCUUCAAGCCACCAGAAAGAGGUCAUGAGCCAUCAAGGUUCAGGAUCAGGCAGGGCAAGAAGAGACUCCGCAACUCGUGCUAUGCAAGGCUGGCAUACACAGCGCCUUGCUGGAUCUAGAGAGUCUGCUGAGACUAGUGUUAAGGAUAAGGGCUCUAACUCAGCCCCAAAGCAUAAGAAACUCAAAAGCAUUGGGCUGCCAAAGCCCAGACCACAAACUUCCAUGGACCUUGUUGUUUCACAAGAAGCAGAAAAACAGUUACGGUCGGUUGCUGAUGUUGUUGAUGAUGGACCCAUUGCUGACUGGGUGAAGAUAACUGUCAAAGAAACUAAGAACUCCUUUGAGGUAUUUGCUUUGGUUCCUGGACUUCUUCGCCAUGAGGUUCGAAUUCAAUCAGAUCCAGCUGGAAGGCUGAUUAUAACAGGAGAGCCUGAGCAGCUUGACAAUCCUUGGGGAAUUACACCUUUCAAAAAGAUUGUUAGCUUACCAGCAAGAAUCGAUCCGCUUCGCACAUCUGCGGUCAUAAGCUUGCAUGGUCGGGUGUUCAUACGAGCUUCAUUUGAACAGACUGCUCUUUAAGAGUGCCUCCUUGUUUUUUUCUUUAGAAAUUCAUUUCGUAUCAGAACAAUAUUGUUAGGCUGCUGAAGCAGUUUUAACUUGUAAUUUUAGUGUCAAGACUACAUUUAAGAGCAGACAAUCAAACAUUGUAUCUUGCUGUUAGAUUUUUCUUUUGUAGAUGCUGCUUAAAGCCUUUUAGGAUGCAACCAACAAUGAUAUGCUUGGUCCGAAAUUGGAAUGUUAUAUUUAUGUUUUCUUUAUAGA